AUGGCUCUGGUGGCGAACGAGGAUUUCCAGCACAUUCUGCGUGUGCUGAACACUAACGUGGAUGGAAAGCAGAAGAUAAUGUUCGCCCUUACCUCCAUCAAGGGUAUUGGUAGGCGAUUCGCCAACAUGGUUUGCAAGAAAGCGGAUGUUGACAUGAACAAGAGGGCUGGUGAGUUGAGUGCUGCGGAGUUGGAUAAUCUGAUGACCGUGGUGGCCAACCCUAGGCAAUUUAAGAUCCCAGACUGGUUUCUGAACAGGAAGAAGGAUUACAAGGAUGGCAAGUACUCCCAGGUUGUGUCUAAUGCUCUUGAUAUGAAGCUCAGGGAUGACCUGGAGAGACUCAAGAAAAUCAGAAACCAUCGUGGAUUGAGGCACUACUGGGGCCUUCGUGUCCGAGGUCAGCACACCAAGACUACUGGCCGCAGGGGGAAGACAGUUGGUGUCUCUAAGAAGCGUUAA